AAUUCGCAUUUCGACCGAAGUUCAGAGUAUGGUCAUUGAACGAUGCAUUCGUUCAUGCGUUUCGACAUGACAUUUGCAAAAACAAAACAAAUCAAAACAAUCACAAUCUCGAUUGACCAAACAAAUUAAUUCUAAGUAGCUACAUUUGUGAUAAAUAAGAGGAAAAAUGACCGAUCGAAAAAACCGUGCCACCAGAUCAAAUCGAUUGCAAUCAUCGACGAUUGUGAAAAAUAAAUUAUCGAAUUAUCAUAAAAAGGAAUUAUUGAAAAUGCUCAGAAAUGAGGGAUGUCAUCCAAAUCAACUAAAAAAGAUGACUUCACGCUUCAAAAUUUUGUUAAUACACAGGCGGAAUCAUCACAAAGUCGACUGGAGAAAAAUUUUCGAACAAAAAAUCAUAAGCAUUUCAUGAAUUUGGAUGAAUGUGCGAAACAAAUCGUGGAAAACAGUCAAACAGUGUCUGAUAAUACGUUGCCAGUGACCCUAGAAGCGAUUGCCAAUUUAGAAAAACAUCCACCACCAUCCGAAGUGAAUGGCAUCGAUUUAAAAGCUCUAUACAAAAUGUUGGCCAGCAUGAGUGCCGGGUAUCCAGUCGAAGAUUUGGAAGAUGGUCCAACCAAACAAUUUUUAAAACAAUGUUACACAGAAUUAAUGGACAAUGUUUCGGAUAUGGAACCAAAAUUAUUCCGAGAUGCUCUAAGAGAACAGGAAAAACACACGAAACCUGUAUACUCGUGGCUAUGCAACACGGAUUAUAGUCAAUAUAUUAAUUUAAUAUUCAAUGAUGUGUGCAGCAGUGAUAGUGACGAUGAUAAUUAAUAAAAAUGCACAUUUUUGUUUGAAAA